AUGCGUUCGCUCAGGCCUUUCCCUUACCUGUCAGCAACACUCUCCUUGCUCAUUGCUCAGAUCGCGUUAUGUCAGAUUCGCGGUCCUCGAUUCCGCUUUGACAACCAGGGCAACGGCAACGUCAACCAGGAGGAUUUGCCCGAAACCCCCGAACAGCGACAGAAUGACCUUCAUUGGGGGUUCCAUGAAGCCCUAAUGCUCGCGAGACUGGUCGCGGUCACCUUCAACCCUUGCGAACCUGUGUACCUCCGCUAUUUCAAACCAGAGGAAGCCAUCUUUGUCAGGAACGCGUUCUACACCAUCGCCAACAUCCCGCUCGAUGACCCUCCUCCAGAUCCGACCGAUAUCAACCAAUUCAUCUCUGGCAUCGGGCAGAACCAAGUCAACCCCAAGUUCGACCUCUUGACAAUAUCCAUCAAUGACAACAGCGCCAUUGGUAGAUACGAUCCAAUGUGUUCAGUCAUGCCAGGCUUUCAGGCAUACUUUGAGCAGCGGAUUGACGAGCUGGGGCCACCAGCCUUCAUGUCCGUCUGCGAUUACUCCUUCAGUCACCCAUCACUCGCCGACAUUGAAAAUCCGCCAGCCUGGGCAAGAGAUCCCACUGGAGCUCCCGAACCCGGGUAUGGUUGUGACAAUCUGCUUGAUCAUGACAACGGCUACAUGAUAAGCCUCAGCGGGAUUAUGCUGCAUGAGCUCUUCCACUGGACCUACCUCUUCGAGGACAUUCCACAGUUUGAGGACUUUAUUGCCUUGGACGAGGAACUCAUACGCGUGAUCGAUGACUGGAAGGGUCCGUUCCCGCCGGAUGGUUAUGGUCCCUUUCACGCCAUGCUGGUCAACACCCUCCCCAUGCAACCUCUCGUGGCGUUCCCAUCCACCAACAAUGCCGAUAAUUAUGUCUACUACGCGCUAUCGAAGUGGUGGUCGUUCAAGUGCCAACGGGCCUUUGGUCCCACAGUCGAUGAAGACGACGGCUAUCGACGCGAUUACCCACGUUAUUAA